UCGCCGUCGACUCCUGUCACUCCGUUUCCGAUCGGAACUGGAAGUCCCUACAGUGUGGGGACGCAGCUUCCCCGGUGCAGGCACUGUCCCUUCCUUGGGACAGCCCCACUGGGACAGACCUGGGGGGGGGGUCCCCGUGUAAGUCUCCCAAGCCUAAGGAAUGCAGAGAGUGACUUCUCCAUCCCGUCUCCAAGGCAACGAGGAGGACUCAGGUCCGGGUCCCGGCAUCCCUCCUCGCCUGCGGGACAGCAUGGGGAAGGUCUGCAGGCAAUGCCACAAGUCCUCUGAUAGUCGGGGUCCCCAUUGGCACCUCCCCCUAGUGAAUGAGUAAGACUCCAGACUCAGUCCAACUAUGAGUUCCCGUGUUCAUUUUAGAGUCUCCGAGUCGCCGAGAACCGCCCCUCCCUCCCUUACACUGGCUGUCCCCUGUCUUCCUGGGAAGAUCCCCAGCCCCCUCGGUUGCCUUCGGGGGUCCAGUUAGCAGUGGGUACCACAUUCUCAAGUAAUCCUCACACUGUACUACACCUUUAAUCUCGACAUCCUGGCGAAUCAUCUUACGGGGGGUUUGUGCUCCCCGACAGAGCCCACCCGACCUACCACCCGCUUUUUUCCUGUGUUGCUCCCCAGAUCCCUGAACUGAGUCCAAGGGAGGACUUUGAGGUGCCAGGGCUCUGUCCCUCCACCCGGUGAGUCCCCAUUAAACCUCCCUGAGGCGUGGCUCAGCAUCGCUGCCUUCCAGUGCUGCCCUGUCUCCCAGCACACUCGUCCCUCCUGAGUUCCUGCUGGACCUCAGCCUCCCUCAGGCGUCUUCCCACCCAUAAAGUCACAACUUGUACCCUUUUUUUCCUGGUUCUCUUGCUACAGGGCUCUUCCCUCUCCCACUUGGACCUUUUCGGAUAUUCUAGAGAUUCCAAUGAAAAAAAAUGUAUCCCUCCCCAACCCCCGUUUCAUUCACCCAAAAUGUACACUAUGUACAUAGUCAGAUUUUUGGGAUACUCUAGAUGGGAACAUGUGAACUGUGAAGGUCCUAGGCACAGUCUUACUGCUUGAAGCCCCCUUUGUAGCAUCCUGGAGCAUUCCGGGGAGGCCAAGCCUCUUUGCCCACCUCCUUCCUCAGUGGCAGGGGUGUGGUCCCUCUCUACUGGACCCUCUGGACCUCCAACCCCACCUCAGUUGAACUAAUGCAGGUCCAGGGGGACCCCAUCACAACCCCUCAGAGAACACUGAGUGUAAUGGAGACUCCUACAUCUGUCACAUGGGCUGGAGAUUCUGUCCUUUGCGGUCCACUGGGGCUUAUCGGAGGCAAUCAUGGCAUUUGUGGAUGACUGGACCAAUCAGAAGUCCCCCGUGGCAGGCUUGUAGGCUGCCUUCAUCCUUUGCCCCCAUACCAGGGGUCUCAGCUUUUCUAAGAGCCUGGUUUAGUGACUGCUGCCUCUCAUUGGGCCCCAAGUGGAAAGCUUUAGAUGCCAUGGGGCUGACACUGUUUACAAACCCAGCCCUGAUAGCCAGUGGCCGGGUGGGAAGUGCACUCUGGGCAAUGGAUGGAGACAUCUUGCUGUGUCCUGUCCUAGUGCCAUGCUGUCCCUAGCAGGCUGCUGGGGCAUAGCAGCUGCUGAGAAACCCGACCCAGACCAUAUGGCAACUACCUGGGUGCUGGGAUGUUUGCCAUCCGUCAUGGGUGACAGGACUCCUGGAUGUCCGCCGGAUCUACAAAGCCCCCUGGCUCUGGCACCCCUCUCCUCGGUCUUUAGGGUUUGGGCUUGUUCUAGUACAAACGUGCCAACUACAUGCUGUGUGGGCUGCGCAGCCCUGCAUGAGGUAAGAAGCCAAGGCUACUUUGAGGGUGCCCAACGGCCACAAACCCUGGAGUCCCUGGAGAGUUGGGGCUCCCCAGCAAGAAGUCUAAAGCCUGGUAGCCACUAGCCAAACUCCAUCCCAGCUCAUUGUACCAAGAGGCCUCACAUCAUGCUGUCGUAGUUGGCAAUUCAAGUCCCAGGUGCUUUGGGGGCCUUCUAGGACACUGCUCUUGCUCCCAAGGGCCAUGUGCCCCAAGUAAUCAGGUGGGUACCAAUGUGAUGGAUUCCUGGGACUAGGACCUCUAGGCUGGUCAGGUGUGCUUUCUGUGUCUUACAGGCUUCUUUGGGGCUCGUGGCCUGAAUCAGCUGCCUGUGUCCCCUCCAGCCACUUGGGCCAUCAACCAGUCUCAGGGAAGUCCCUUUCUAUCUCCAAUUUUCAUUGAAUUCAAUCCAGCAGCAGAACUUAACGCAGGAGGCCCAGAGCCUGUCUGGGCUGUCUCUCAGGGAGGCUUGGUCCUUGCACCUGGAGGGCCUGCUAUGCCCUCAUGUCAGCUGUUGUGAAUGCAGGCCCCACCCGAGGGACCCCGAUACAUCCGUCCCUGGGCCUAUCUAUCAUCUAAUACUGUCUCAUCAGCUUGGUCACUGACCUGUGCAGCUGCUUGGUUUCAGGCACCAGCUGUUCUCAUGUAGGCCCAUCCUGCUCCUGGACACCCUGGGUGAUGCCUGGGGAACUGGCAUGGUUGGGUGGAGACCAGGUACAGGGUCCAGGACACCUCACUGUAAGACCGGGUCAAGUCCACAGUGCCCUGGGGGCCUCGCCCCAAACUAGCAAAUCAUACCUAGUCUGGGUCAGCACACGUGGGAAGGGGUUAAAGAGGGCUCCUCAGGGUUCAGGCCUGACACCUCUACGCAGGAGUUCUGUCUUAGGAAGAUGGUGAGGACACAGCCAUGCCCCUGCCGUAGCCAGGGCAGGCAGUCCUUGUGUUUCAUGUACACCUCCCACCAGAAGAGGAGGCUGUAAGGGACAGGGAGGGGUUCUGGUGGCUGGCGCCCAGGCAGGUUAGAGGGCAACCGCUGAGAGCCGCUGUGGUCACCCUUCCACAGAACAUGGUGAUGAGCUUCCGAGUGUCAGACCUACAGAUGCUUCUGGGCUUUGUGGGCCGCAGCAAGAGUGGGUUGAAGCAUGAGCUGGUGACCAGGGCCUUGCAGCUGGUGCAGUUUGACUGCAGCCCCGAGCUCUUCAAGAAGAUCAAAGAGCUGUAUGAGACACGCUACGCCAAGAAGAACGUGGAUCCCAGCCCACAGGCGCCACGGCCCCUGGACCCCCUGGCUCUGCACUCCAUGCCCAGGACUCCCCUGUCAGGGCCCACCGUGGACUACCCCGUGUUGUACGGGAAGUACUUGAAUGGACUGGGACGCCUGCCCACCAAGGCCCUUAAGCCUGAAGUGCGCCUGGUGAAGCUGCCCUUCUUCAACAUGCUGGACGAGUUGCUGAAGCCCACCGAGCUAGUCCCACAGAGCGCAGAGAAGCUGCAGGAGAGCCCGUGCAUCUUCGCGCUGACGCCACGGCAGGUGGAGAUGAUCCGCAACUCCAGAGAGCUACAGCCUGGAGUGAAAGCCGUGCAGGUGGUACUGAGGAUCUGUUACUCUGACACCAGCUGUCCACAGGAAGAUCAGUACCCACCAAACAUCGCUGUCAAGGUUAACCAUAGCUACUGCUCAGUGCCGGGCUACUACCCCUCCAACAAGCCUGGUGUGGAACCCAAGCGGCCCUGUCGACCCAUCAACCUCACCCACCUCAUGUAUCUGUCCUCAGCCACCAACCGCAUCACUGUCACCUGGGGCAACUAUGGCAAGAGCUACUCCGUAGCCUUGUACCUGGUGCGGCAGCUGACCUCCUCAGACCUGCUGCAGAGGUUGAAGACGAUCGGUGUGAAGCAUCCAGAACUCUGCAAGGCACUGGUCAAGGAGAAGCUUCGCCUGGACCCCGACAGUGAGAUCGCCACUACUGGAGUGCGAGUGUCCCUCAUCUGCCCGCUGGUGAAGAUGCGGUUGUCAGUCCCCUGCCGUGCAGAGACCUGUGCACACCUGCAGUGCUUCGACGCGGUCUUCUACCUGCAGAUGAACGAGAAGAAACCCACGUGGAUGUGCCCUGUGUGUGACAAGCCUGCCGCCUACGACCAGCUGAUCAUAGACGGGCUGCUGUCGAAGAUCCUGAGUGAGUGUGAGGAUGCAGACGAGAUUGAGUUCCUGGCCGAAGGCUCCUGGCGCCCAAUCCGUGCGGAAAAGGAGCCGAGCUGCAGCCCACAAGGACCUAUCGUGGUACUUGGCACCUCGGACGCCAACGGGCUCCCGCAGGCCUCCAGCACCCCUGGCGUGGGGGGCAGCAUGAGCAACGCACUGGGCAGUGCGGGCAGCGGGGCAGGGGUGGCAGGCGGUCCAGAGAACGGGAAGCCUGGCGCCGAUGUGGUGGACCUCACACUGGACAGCUCGUCUUCCGAGGAGGACGAGGAGGACGAUGACGAGGAUGACGAGGAGGACGAGGAGGGCCCCCGGCCGAAGCGCCGCUGCCCAUUCCAAAAGGGUCUGGUGCCCGCCUGCUGACGCGCCGGCCUCCCCUGCCCACCCCUCCCUGGCUCCCGUAUCUCUGGACUCUCCUCUUGGGGGGAUUAAAAAAAAAAAAAAAACAAAACAGUAAAUGACAAAAAAUGAGAAAAGUACAAAAUGAGAAAAAACAAGAGCAAAUCAACACUUAACACAGGCCGGCAGCCCACGGGCCACCUCCCAGAGCAGGCCCCGCGGGGCACAGGAGGGAUCACGGACACUGGACAGGGGAUGGCCGCGCGUGGCUGUUCUGCUUUUCCUGCAUUGAGGCCGAGCCUGGAGCGCUGGCCUGGCCGUGAGCGUGUUUAGUUGAGAAGCCAUGGUGGGGCGGCGGGCCGGGGACAGCAGCCACAAUGUGCAAUAACGUGGUGUCGCGGACCCGCGUGGCGUGGGGGGGUGUCAUUUUCUAGCCAGCUACCUCGGUAACUCCAAUUCAUUCAGGUUCACUUCCCCACGGGGCAGCCCAGCCAUGGGCUCGGGCACCUCAGCUGCCUCCCUGCCCGCGGGAGGGUCGCUCUUCCACCGCCCGUCGCCCUCCCCACCCGACUCUGUCAGGAAGCAAUACCGGGUCUGGUCCAGAGCGGAUGGCCUGGCGGUGUCACCGCAUGAACUCGCCGGGAGGCCAGGGGCCCUGGCCAGCCGCGCGGCACUCUUUUCUAAUAUUUGUAUUCUAAUUUAAUUGUUUUUUAAAAAUGCAAAUAAAAUUUAAAAAAAAAAAGAACCAA